UAAAAAUCCCGAAAUAUCAAAACGGUUUCUCGCUCGACGUAGAGAAGUUGUUAAAGACACUGCCGGACGCCAACGGAAGGAAAGGGGGGAAAAGACUAGAUCCACUGCACGCAUCUGCUCCUGGAGGGAGGGAUUCCUCGCUUCCCGUCCCUUCUCCGCUUUUGGGUUCCGAUCCCUGGCGAGCCGCAGCCGGUUCUGGUGGAUUCGCCCUAACCUGUUUGGAUCUCGUUAGGUGGUGGCCGCGAUAUUUGUUGAUCGGGAUACGAAGUUGGAAAGGAGAGAUGGCAGCCGCGCUGGUGGAUCGCGCUACGAGCGAUAUGCUGAUCGGUCCGGACUGGGCGAUGAACGUUCAGAUCUGCGAUAUCCUCAAUCGCGAACCUGGGCAGGCAAAGGAAGUUAUCAGAGGACUCAAAAGGCGCAUUGGUCAUAAAAGUUCCAGAGUUCAGCUACUUGCACUUACACUGCUGGAAACAGUGAUAAAAAAUUGUGGUGACGUUGUCCAUAUGUAUGUUGCUGAGAAAGAUGUUCUACGUAAGAUGGUCAAAAUUGUAAAGAAGAAGCCAGAUCCACAAGUAAAAGAAAAGAUAUUAGUUCUAAUUGACACCUGGCAAGAGGCACUUGGUGGCCCACGUGCAACGUAUCCUCAAUACUACGCUGCAUAUCAAGAAUUGUUGCAAGCUGGAGCUGUAUUUCCUCAGAGAGGUGGGAGGUCUGCUCCUACUUUUAAUCCACAAAAAGACUCCUUGAGCUUGUAUCCUCCAUCUGGACAGAGUACUGAGUUCUACGAAGAAGUUCCUGAUACUUCGUCUGGAUCUGAUUUGCCUGCUUUGAGCAUAGCUGAAAUUCAAAAUGCUCGUGGCAUCAUGGAUGUUCUUUCUGAGAUGCUGAAUGCUAUAGAUCCUGGGAACACAGAGGGGCUCCGGCAGGAAGUAAUUGUCGACCUUGUAGAUCAGUGCCGUACUUACAAGCAGAGAGUGGUGCAGCUCAUCAACAAAACCUCAGACGAGGAGUUGCUUGGUCAAGCACUUGCUCUCAAUGAUGACUUGGAGCAUGUACUUGUGAAACAUGAUUCUAUUGCCGCAGGAAAAUCUGUUCAGGCGGUGAAGCCCAAAUCACUUCAGGCACUUGUAGAUCUUGAUGAUUCUGCACCAAACAAACAGACAGACCAAAGGUCAAACACAAGCCCAAUAACUGGCGACAAACCUCCUCUUCAGCAAUUAUCAUUGCCUGCACCUCCAACCCCCAAUGGUUCAGCAACUUCUUUAGCUAUAAUUGAUCCAAGAAUCGAUCUUCUCAGUGGUGAAGAUUAUAGUGAACCCAAAAAUGAGAAUCGAGCCCUCGUGCCUGUCAACGAACCACUCAUUAACUCUGCUUCUGACCAAAACAUCUUAGCUCUUGCAGACAUGUUUUCCAAUGCUAAAACUGAAGAGAAUAAUAGCAACCCUCCAAGGCCAUCUGAUUCCCAAUUGACGUUGUCAUCCCUACCGGCUUACACUUCUGCAACACCACUCACGGCGAAUCCUCUCCAAUUACAACAGCCUGUACAAUUCAACCAAACAAAUCCUAUCAUGAACAGUCAAGUCCCUACAGGCUUUUCAUCACAGCAGCCAGCACAAAGUUAUGGUGUAAAUGAUCAAGGCCUAGUUCUUCCUCGAGCACCUUGGGAAGCUCAAUCUGCUCCAUCUAGUGACUUCCCUAAUUUGCACCCUCAACUGCUGCAACAUGGUCAAUUUGUUGGUAGCACUCCCUUAUCUGGGUCAACUGGCCAUCCUGGAAGCUUCCCACCCCAAAUUGCUGCAACUGGCCAACCUGGAAGCUUCCCCCCACAGAUUGCCCAACCGUUGCCUGGCGGCUUUAUAGGGGUAACGCACCAGCAAGUUAUGUUAGGCUCACAACACGGAGGUCUUCCGCCUCAUUUUGUCCACAACAAUCAGUAUGCAAGCAUGUAUGGACCAAUUAAGAAUGACCAGAUGACUGCUAUCUACUCACAACAGGUAUAUGGUAGCCAUAUGCCUGCCAUUAGUCAGCAAGCUCUCUACAGCAAUCAGCUGACUGGUUAUGGUGGGUAUUUGACGCAACCAGUGCCUCAGUUCUCUCCGUCAGGGGGUGCUGCAUAUGGCUAUGCUAGUUCACAUGGACUUUCGCAGAUGAUGCAUGGGCUUUCUAUGCAAGAUAAUCACAUGUUUGUGAAUGGGACUUCGUCCUAUCCAAAUUCAGUGCCCUCUUACUCGCAGCCAAUGAACAAGACACCGAAGUCAGAGGAAAAACUUUUUGGCGACCUUCUUAGUAUGGCAAAAAACAAAGCAAAGUGAAGCUACUGCUAAUAGGUUAACGAGGGCCGUUUGAAAAUUUCUUUUGAUAUUUUUUGCGUUUGUAGUUCUGAUAUUUUUGUGUAUUUAUUAAUUUUUUUUUAACUUCAUUCUCAUACUGAAUUAUUUGCGCUUAGAUUUAUUUCAUUUUGUGUUGCUCAUCC